UCAGUCCAGGAGAUUCGGGUCUGGAAGAAGUGAGCAUAACAUAAGACUCACUCUCUACACAUAGGUACAAGCGCUCCAUCCCUGGUACGUUUGUUAGUGGCUGCCGUCGCCGGCGGGUCGAUCAUGAGACGCGAUGCUCUCACAAAAUCGCUAGCUGCACCCUCGCUACCCAGGGCUACGUCUCUCUGAACCCCAGCGGCGCGAUUCGAGGUUGGCAAUCAAAUUGACACCAUCUCGCCCUCCUUUGUGUCACAAGGCUUCGCUGUGUAACCCAAUCUGGCGGCCGCCCAGGGGAAGUCUUAUAAGCGAGCCCAGACCGGCCCGGACGUGGGGAUCCACAUUCCUGCGGAGCGACAAGGAACGGCAGAGCGCCGAAGUAUGUCGUCGGAUCACGAAGCGACGAUCACGGGGGCGCGCCAUAACAGGGGUGAGGCUGGCAAGCCGAAUGCAAACGUCGUCCUGCGGAUUGGCCAUGAUACCAGUGUUUCGCCAAUGUAUCCGCACACCGCAGCGUUCAGCCCGCGGCCAAGAGACGUUCUCAGACUCGUUAAGAUCGGUAGCGUGAAGGGCCUUCGGGAUGCUGUCACACCGUCGCAAGCGAGAGGUGGCAGAUUGGGCCCGAGUCAGUCUCUAGGCUUGUCCUCCCUACUCGCUGCCGCAACAGUUGAGAUCGGCAAGAAGCCACAUGUUGAUACGAGGACCUCCUUGUGUUGUGAUCGAUCCCGUGGGCCUUGGAAUUGGAGUGCUACGCUCCGUCAUUUAGCGAAGCCCGAGCUUGGAGACGCCAGCAGCUGUGCAGGAGAUACGCCCGCCUCCUGGGCAGAGCAGCAACAUCAUAUGAGACUCAGUCCUCACAAAGAUCCGUAACAACUCACAACUGGACCACAAGGGUGCACCAUCGGUGCCUCCGACCUAACGCAAUCUCAACGAGAUUGUGAGACACGUGAUAAUGCC